GGGAAGGCCAAGAAUUAGAUGGAAAGACCAAGUAGAAGACAACAUAUCGGAACAUGGUCUUUCAAAUUGGAAAAACUGCGCACAAGACCGACGCGCCUGGAAAUCUUUUCUAAACUCGGCUUAUGGAACAAAUGUUCUGCUCGAGCCAGCUAAGAAGAAGAAGAAUUAAGGGCAAGUAAACUUGUUAUGGUUUCUCAAAGUGGUUUGUAUAUUCUUCUCCAUAUUUCGGAUGUUUUGAUUUAUGAAUUUGGUCAUUUCAUUUGUUCAACUUAAAAUUAAUUAAAUGUUUGAAGAAUGCAACAAUACCCCAAGUCUGUAAUGUGUUAUUUAAACCGCCUCACUGAAAUAUAUAAUUAUAGGCCCCUCAAGUUAAUUAAUACGAGGUCUGCAAUAUUUAAAGAUCAUAACAAAUGAUCAGCGCAACUUAUUUUCCCAAACAUAAUACAAUUACAAGACAAAUGUAAACAAAGAUUAAACUUAUGCCCGGCUUUUUCUAUGAGAAAAAUACCAGCAAAAUGAAAAACAACUUCUCAACAGCCAUAAGAGCCGAAGGCUGGUUCGUUUACAACAUGUUGCAACAAACUCUCAGUAAAACUUGAACACAUCCACAGCCAAAGAAUGAAAACGAAACGGAAAUUGUAAGACAAUGCCACACACACUCACACAACCAGACACAUCCAACCCAAAACAACAUUGGCUAAGCUGAAGUGAGCGCUUUUGGGCUUUUGGAGCAGUUGUAGAUUGAUACGAUCAGUUUGAGAGUAAACGUAAACGCGAGCGGUUGUAACACCUGUUUAGCGGUUAGAUGAGAGAACGUGUGUGGCAAAAACAAACGAUAAAAUAAUAAUAACAAAAAAAAAAAAAAUAAUAAUAAUAAAAAAUAGCGGCGCAUGCGCAAAUGAAUGUUUACGUUUUAUGAGGUGUUCUUCAUAAAAAAAUUGUAAUAAAAAAUUAAAAAAACCUACGAAAUUUUAUGAUCUUAAAAAAAGAAAAUACUCCAUAAUGGUGAAUGAACCCAUUAUAUAAAAUUAUCAAAAAAUACUUAUCCUUCAAAUUUUUUUCUUAAAAAUUUAUGUAUGAAUCCAUCAAUCAAAAGUGAAUAAAUGUGAAAUCUUGACAAGCUGUGAAUCCAGUGCUACUAUAUUAUUCUCCAGCUUAACCUGAAUAUAAUAACAAGAAGAGCAAAAGAAAUCAUGAAAAGAAAACAUAUAAAUACAAAAUAAUGGAUUAACCAGCUCAACGGCAGCCAAGGAGAUACCAACUACAUGAUCGACAAGGGAUCAGCAAUCGUUAUUCUUUAUCAGCCGAAAAAAAAUAUAAAAACGGAUUAAAUUGUUUUCCUCUUCGUCUUUUUCGUUUUUGAGGAGUGUUUUUAUGCCUGACAUCACAUUUUCGGGUAUUGCUCGUCAUCGCCAGAAACAGUCUGUCUGUCCCAGCGUAUGGUGUAACAACGAUAAAGUUUGAAGGUGCGUUAUUUGCCCCUUUUAUAGGGCUGCCAAAAGGAAGAAACAGCUUCUGAAGCGACCACAUAGGAUGCCGGAGAGCCAUUAAUAAAUUGCAAUAUUGCCCUGAACAAGAAUAUUAUGUCGCAGACAUGCUAAACACCGACAUUAAUUAUGGACUAGCAAAUGUUUUUUGUAUCCAACGAAAUUGGUAGCCAGACACACACAACUGCACGUUAAGUAGAAACAGAGAAAAAACGCUCGGCAAGAAACUAACUGAUCGACAUGUAGUACAAACGUUCCAAAGAGAAUAAGAAGAAAAAGGAAAACAAAGAGGAUACCAUAAUAAUUACCACACAGAGUCUAUGUUUAAGUACACGAACAUCAAGGAGUACGUUUUUUUUUCUCCUCUACUCUACUCCUUUUGCUGAUGCUAUUGCUGCUGAACUUCAAUUGUAAGUUGAAGAAAUCCUUGCAAAAAGGGAAAAUUAUAAUAUAACAAUAACAACAUUAAUAACAGCUACAACCACAGCAAAACCCAUGAGCAGCAACAACAUGGAGAGCAUGUCAUCGUCAAUUGAACCCGUCGUUCCACGUACCGCCAAUUUGCUGGCCUGCAAACAAUGGUGGCGUGUCUGUUUCUUGUACGGCGAUCAACAGAAAUAUUAUCGACAGGUUUACAGCAAGGCAGCGGCUCAGCGAUUGGCCUUAUCGGCGGCCAAGACCGCAUCGAUGGGCUUAACAAGUGAGCAGAAUAAUGAAAAUGACAAUAACAACAAUCCCGAGUCAGAGUAUGAUACGGUGGCCAUAGAUUUUAUCGAGACGCAAUUAGACGCAGAUGCAGACGACACUGAAGAUGCAUCCCGCGAUAAUACAGCAACAAUGACGAUAAAAAACCAUAUUAAUACGCCAUCCAGAGCAACAACCAAAGAACACCAAACGCCAGUGGCCUUAUUUCCCUCAAAAUGUGAAACAAAUGCUGGAGGCCAAGCCAAUAACAACGGCAGCAGUAGCGGCGGAGGUGGCGGUGGGGGUACAGGUUCCAGUACCUUACGUAAAAGCAAACGACUCUUACGCUCUUUAAGAGGACAUCGAAAGGGCGGUGGCGAUACAAAUAACGAAACAAGUACAAGUACCAACGAAACAAAUAGCGCCCAACACGGAACAGCAUCACGGAAUCGCCCGUCCAGUCACAAUUUGCGCGAUACAUUGGAGACAUUAAAAAACCUAAGCCUUAAUAAUCGUCAACAGCAACCUACGACAACAACAUCGCAGGCAGUGGACAGUAGCCAAUUUGUGGCCGAGCCCACCAAACAGAAUGCCAAACACACCCUACUCGACGAUCCGUUUCUGUUCGGCAUCGAUGAAGAUCAUUUGGGCGAUUUGAUACGAGGCAAAACGCUUCAUAAUUACACGCCACCGACAGCCAUUGAAAAUGUAUCGAGGUACUUUAAUCUUUUCUCUGAGGCAGACCAAGAGGCUUUGAGUAGCUUCAAUCCCGAGUGUAUGGCACUGGAAAUGCUAGUCGAUGAUGUGGUGGAGGAGGAGGAGGAGGAAAAGAAGCCAGCCCUGCCACCAAAACGUGGUGGCGGUGGUACACCAAAGUCUACGACAGCAUCAGCAAAUAAUGAUUUGCGACUGAGUGAAAGUGAUUUAGAAUUUUUGAAUUUGAAUUUACGCAAUCGUAGCUUACCGCGUCAUCUAAAGCCAGCAAAGGAUCCGCAUGACAUUAGUUUCACAUUUAAAGAGGACGAAGAUGAGGACAGUAAAAGGGAAACUGCAAAUGCCGAUACGAAUGAAAAUGACAAUGAACCAAUCAGUCGAACGCCACUUACACAGGUGUCGUACCUACAAAAAAUACCAACAUUACCGCGUCAUUUUUCACCAAGUUCAGCGGCGACAGCAACGGCAGGUUCUGUUGGUGGACCAUCGGCAAGUUCAAACACACCACCUCCAUUGCCCCCUUUGGGAAGUCUAAGACAUCUAGGCCAAAGUAAUGUCCCAUCGUCAUCAACAACAGCAGCAUCGGCCUUAUCGUCGACAACUUCGGGGCCAAUGCCCAGUAGUUCUUCUGCUGGGGCUUUAUUUAAUCCUGCCGGCUUGCCAACAUCACCAUUGCCAAUGCAACGUCAAUACCUUCAACAACAGCAGCAGCAGCACCAGCAGCUACAACAAACACCUCAUUUGCCACCAUUACCACCACACCAGCAGCAGUUACAUCCUCAUCACCACCAUCAGUAUCUGCCACCACAUCUACAGACGCAUCAUCAGCCACAGCAAACAACAACCUCAUUGCCACAUCACCACCAACAGCAACAGCCAUCACAGUACUCACCUGCGGCAUCUGCAUCGUCAUCAAUCUCCAAGUAUUCCUCAUCAUCGCUCAAGCAUCCACCUCAUCACCAUCAGCACCAACAUCAGCAACAACAACAACAGCAGCAGCAGCAAACACAACAACAGCAUCCACACCAACAAACCCAUCAGUUAUCACCGGCCAUCUCUUCACCAUCACCGCCCUCCCUGUUACACCAUCCAUCGGGUGGCUUUCAUGCACCCUUUAUGGUGGGCCAACACCUAGACAUCCAACGGCAAUCGCAUUCAGAUGAUGACAGUGGUUGUGCUCUGGAGGAGUAUACAUGGGUACCACCGGGACUACGACCGGACCAGGUGCGUUUGUAUUUCUCACAAAUAUCCGAUGAUAAAGUGCCAUAUGUCAACAGUCCCGGAGAGCAAUAUCGAGUGCGGCAAUUGUUGCAUCAGCUUCCGCCGCACGAUAACGAGGUUCGUUACUGUCACUCGCUGACGGAUGAGGAACGCAAAGAACUUCGCCUAUUCUCCACACAACGUAAACGUGAUGCACUUGGACGUGGCAAUGUCAGACCUCUGAUGAGUGCACGUCCCUGCGACGGGUGCGACGAUUUGAUUUCCACCGGUGACAUGGCAGUGUUUGCCUCUCGUUUGGGUCCCAAUGCCUCCUGGCAUCCUGGUUGCUUCGUGUGCUGCGUUUGCCGUGAAUUGCUUGUCGAUCUUAUCUACUUUCAUCGAGACGGACGUCUGUAUUGUGGCCGUCAUCACGCAGAAACUUUGAAACCACGCUGCUCCGCCUGUGAUGAGAUUAUCCUGGCCGAUGAGUGCACCGAAGCAGAAGGACGUGCCUGGCAUAUGAAUCACUUUGCCUGCCAGGAGUGCGAAAAGCAAUUGGGUGGCCAGAGGUACAUUAUGCGUGAGGGCAAGCCCUAUUGUCUGCUCUGUUUCGAUGCGAUGUUCGCUGAAUACUGUGAUUACUGUGGCGAAGCUAUUGGCGUAGAUCAAGGACAAAUGAGUCAUGACGGCCAGCAUUGGCAUGCCACCGACGAAUGCUUCUCGUGCAACACAUGUCGCUGUUCGCUGCUGGGACGUGCAUUUCUGCCCAGACGUGGCUCCAUCUAUUGUUCCAUAGCCUGCAGUAAAGGUGAGCCACCAACGCCGUCGGACAGUUCGGGCACCGGCAUGUACACCACACCCACGCCACCCACUCAGCGAGUAAGACCUCAGACGCGUAUUCCGUCAAGUCAUGCCUCAAGUUCGCCGCCAAUGUCACCUUUGCAACAACAGCAGCAUCAGCAAAACUUCAACAAUGCCAUGUAUCAGCUGCAAAGUCAGCAAAUAGCGGCUGGCAUCUCGAAUAGCAGCAGUGUGAAUGUUGUCGGAGGAUCCAAUGUGGGUUUGGUGGCCAUAUCCACCUCGUCGGAUGGUGCUAAGCAAAGUUAUCCCACCUCGGAUUCAGAUGCGGGUGUGGUCAAGGAUAUGGAGCAUACGGCAGGUGAUUUUACCGACUUUUCGGGCGGCAUUAACUCGUCGUCUUCCCAGAACAUGUCACCCCUGACAUCGCCGGGAGAAUUCAAUCAUUUGAUGCCAAAACCCAUGGAACUGAAACGUGAAGGGCCGUAUAAUUUCAAUGAAAUGGCUCUCAAUCUGGAUUCAACCUGGCCCAAUAAGCCCAUACUGACAGGAGCCACGAGCUAUAACCUGCAACGACAGCUGCAUCAAAUAUCCGAGGUGGAAAAUUCGAAAACCUCCAGUAUGCCUGAGCUGUCGAUACAAACAAACUCUUCGUUACCUCAAAAUCCAAAUGCCAUCACUCAACAAUAUGGAAAUUGUCCAGAAUAUUCGCAACCCUUGCAACAAACGCAGCCACAUCCCGCAACCUCUGCACCGCCCUCGGAGGUUCCUGAUCUUCCAACACCAAACUUAUCGGUGGCCUCAACAGCUCUUCCUCCAGAGUUGAUGGGAUCGCCCACAGCCUCGGCCGGUGAACGUUCCAUUGUGUCACAUCAGUCAGCUCAGUCGGGUACAAAUCCGCCCAUACAUCCGGUGUCUAUUUUGAGUGGAGCAUCCUCAUCGUCACCCAUGAGUGGUGGAGGGGAGAGUAAAAAAGCCAAAGGUGUUAGAUUCGAAGGUAUACCCGCCGAUACAUUGCCACGAUCUCGCAGUUAUUCGGGCAAUGGUGCCGGGACCAAUCGAAGCAAUGAUAACAGUUCUGAGCCAACGCAACGACAUGGCGGUCACUCUUCACGGCGACGUAGACGACGAAAAUCUCAUCGUUCCGGUAGUGGUCAUCGUUCCAAUUCCACAACACGAGCCGACACAUACAACACAACACAGCCGCUCUCAUCUUCGUACCAAGGACCACCUUCCAUUCUACAAUCAGCCACAUUAGAUCCUACCCGACAUCAUCAUUCAUCGCAGACUACCAUGUCGACCGGGCAACACGAUGACGAUUCAGACGAUGCGUCCAGUGUGUGCUCGACCUGCUCUUCCAGUUCGUCCAGUUCCGAGGAUUAUAUGAUGUAUCAACUGCCACAGCGACGUCAUUAUGGCGGUGUACGCGUCAGUUAUGUGCCGAACGACGCCUUGGCCUACGAUCGCAAACGCAAGACGUCCGAUGCGAACGACAAAGACAAGAAUUGUAUCAUUUCGUGAUUUACAAACAAAAGCAAAUGCGUGAGCAUCGAUGCUGCUGCAAUAACUGGUCGGCAACAACAUAACUGCCAAUUGUGUCCAUGCAAAAAACACAUCAAUGUCUCCCUCCUCCUGUCUUUUCUUCGUCUUUUGUUCUAGCGCUAAUGCUGCCAAAGGCAAAAUCGAUACCGCCGUCGCCAAUACCAACGCCACUAGUUUUCGUUUCUACCACCAACACCACCGUCAUCUUCUUCAAAAUAAUUUAUGCUGUUAGAAGCAGCUACAUAUUAAUUAAGGAUUUUUGUUUUUGUCUUCAUCGGUUUCGUGGAGUUUGCAUUUGGCGUUUAGAUGUUUGAUUUUAUACAUUACCGCACAGUGAAUUAAAAACUGAAAAUUGCGGGUUUAA